AUGGCGCACACUCUCAGAAGCUCACUGCUUCUUCCCAGGCCCUGUUUUCACAACUCACUCUCCCUCUUCUUCUACUCAUCCAAAACCUUAGAACCAAAUCCCACGGCUGAUUACCUAAUAAACCACCACCAGUUUUCCCAAGAAGCUGCUCUCAAGGCCUCGGCAACCAUCGCUUAUCUCAAAAACCCAGCAGACUCGGAUUCGGUGCUUUCAUUUCUCAAGCAGAGCGGCUUCUCCAAAACCCAUCUCGAGGGAGUUGUUCAAAAGACCCCCAGAAUUCUAUGUGCCAAUCUCGACACUUCCAUCAAACCCAAAAUCAAGAUUUUCCAAGAUUUGGGCUUUUCGGAUUCCGACAUUGCUGACAUUAUAUCCUGUGAUCCCUGGAUUCUGUGGCGGAGUGCCGAUAAUAAGCUUGGUCCUGCUCUUGUGGUGCUGAAGAGCAUUUUGGGCUCCAAUGCUGAGGUGUGUAAGUUUUUAAAAUUAAGUAGGCGUUAUCUUCAACAUGAUUUGGAUAAGAGUUUGAAGGCUAAUAUGGAGUUGUUAGAGGGUUUUGGUAUUAGUUCCUCGCAGCUGGUUAAGUAUAUGUUUCGAUUUCCUAGACUGUUUUUGCAUAAGCAGAAGGCCAUUUUGGAAUUUGUUGAAAGAGUUGAUAAGAUGGAGUUUGAUAGGAGUUCCAGGUUGUUCAUAUCAGCAAUUGGGAUCAUGAGUUCCUUGAAGGUGGAGACCUUGGAACUUAAGAAGAAGCUUUUCCGGAGUUUGGGGUUUUCGGAAAAGGAUGUCUUCACUAUGUUUAAGAGGUCGCCUAUGGUGUUUGGUAUAUCUGAGAAGAAACUUAAGGAGGUAACAGAGUUGCUGGUCAGUGCGGGGCAGUUUCACGUCCCAUAUCUGCUUAGUAACCCGGAGUUGCUUAUGUAUAGUGUUGAGCGGAGGUUGAAACCGAGGCUCAAAGUUUUGGAGAUUUUGGAAAAGAAAAAUUUACUCGAGGAAAAACCCAAGCUGAACACAGUCUGCAAGUACUCUGAGCAGAAGUUUGCUGAAAAAUUUAUUCUUCCUUAUGCAAAUGAACUUGGAAAGGAUAUGAGGUAUAAAUGA